AUGGGGGAGGAAACACCAGUUUUUGUGCCAAGUGUUGAAUUAAAUUCUCUUCAUAAAAUGCCUAGAAUUGGAUUUGGAACUUGGCUUUUAAAACCAGAAAAUGUUGGAAAUAUAAUUAAAAAUGCUAUUAAAUGUGGGUAUCGACAUUUUGAUUGUGCUUUUGUUUAUGGAAAUCAGAGGGAAAUUGGGAAGGCUUUAAAUGAAGUUUUUCAAGAAGGAAUUGUUAAGAGAGAAGAAUUGUUUAUUACAAGCAAAGUUUGGAAUACUUUUCAUAGUCACAAAAGGGCUUUGAAAAAUAUUGACAUGAUUUUGAAUGAAUUGGGAAUUGAUUAUUUGGAUCUUUGUUUAAUUCAUUGGCCAAUGGGUUAUAAAGAAGGAGAAGAUUUAUUUCCAAAAGUUGAUAAUAAAAUUUUGUUGUCAGAUGUGGAUUUUAUGGAAACUUGGGGGGCUUUGGAAGAAGCUGUUUUCAAAGAAAAAGUUCGGUCAAUUGGAUUGUCUAAUUUUAAUACUAAACAAAUACAAAAAGUUAUUAGUAAUUGUAGAAUACGUCCAGCUGUUUUACAGACAGAAAUUCAUGUUUAUUUCCAACAAGACGAAUUAUUUAAAUUUUGUAAAGUCAAUGGAAUUAAUGUUAUUGCCUCUUGUCCUCUUGCCUCGUCAAACGAAAAUCCUUUUCGAAAGAGUGAUUAUCCUUCUGUUUUUAAUGAUCCAGUUAUUAAGAAAAUUGCUGAUGAACUUGGACAGACAAAUGCCCAAGUUGCAUUACAUUAUUUAAUUCAAAAAGGACUUUCAGUUAUUCCAAAAUCUUCAAAUGAGGAAAGAAUGAAUGAAAAUAUAAGAAUUAUUAGAUUUUUGUUAAAUGAUGAACAGAUGGAAAAAAUGAAUAAACUUGAUACUAGAAAGAGAAUUAUUCAUUUAGAAUUGAGUUGUCAUUCUCCUUUAUAUCCUUGGAAGUGA